AGCAACAAUGUAAUCUUUUAGAUAAAUGAGCAUAACCAUGGUUAGCUAUUCCUUGCUUAUAUGCAUGCUUUGCAUGACUUCAACACAAGCUCAAAAGGAUAUACUUUCUCCUCCUUACACUUGCACUACAACAACAACACUAUGUCAACCUGGAGAAACCACAGAACAUGCUACGUCGACACUUCGAACAUCUACAUCUCAGGGAAGACCAGGAAAACGAGGAAUGAAUGGAUUGCCUGGAAUAAAAGGAGAAAAGGGAGAAUCUUGUCAGUGUGACAUUGUUGAUGAAGAGGCAAUGAGGGACAUGAGAAGGAAAAUGGAUAAAAUUGAAACAGAAAAUCGAGAAAUGAAACAACAAAUUCAGGAUCUCGAAACAACAAAUAUUCAGAUGAAUCGAACUAUCAGAAAUUUGGAAGUUGGAAAGGUUGAUUUCCUUUUUCCAUCAAGUUGUGACCAAAAUGGGACGGAUGAAAAAAUAUAUCCAUGGAGAAACGAAGGAAACUUCAGACCUGCUACAGUAAAUUGCGAACUAUAUUCAGUGAAUGAAGAUGGAUGGAUUACAAUUCAGAGACGGCAAGAUGGAUCAAUCAGGUUCCAUGACAGAAACUGGGAAAGUUAUGCCAGAGGUUUUGGAGAUAAAAAUGGAGAAUUUUGGCUUGGUCUUCGAACAAUUCAUCAACUGACAACAUCGAGAAAUUAUAAACUUCGUAUUGAUAUGAGACAAAAAUCUGGUACAGCAUAUUACGCAGAAUACAGCACAUUCAAAGUAGGAAGUGAAAAGUCAAAAUUUCAGCUGACAAUCUCUGGAUAUUCUGGUAAUGCUCAAGACACUAUGUCGUAUCAUAAUCAUCGAUAUUUUUCCACUUAUGAUGUAGACAAUGACUCACGAGGAAAUGAAAAUUGUGCUCGCAGAAGCGAUGGUGCCUGGUGGUAUGGGAAUUGCGAGCAUUCCAACCUGAAUGGAAAAUAUGACAGUCACUUUCACUGGGGACAUCUUCUCUCGUUCAGUGAAAUGAAGAUUCUCCCGGUGUAAAUAAUCAUCACAGGUGUUCAAGCAACUUCAACGUAGAGAUUCUUAAAUUCGAAAAUAACUUGUGAUUUACUAUGUUUUAGACUGAAAAUUCAAAACACGAGUAGAAAAUCUGCGAUGUAAUCCUGAACGUGUUUUCAUGAUUGUAUUAACCUAUUCCUAACUUUUAGUUUUAUAGCAACACGCAUUGAAUUGUACGAAUUUGGAAAGUCGUAAUUUAUAUUUGAUCAAAUAAUACCAAUUGCUCAAUGCUACUACUGUAGUAAUUUUUAUUUACCUCAUCAUUUAAAACAUACCGUGUAGAAUUUCAAUAGAAUUAACAUAGAUUUUAAAGCAAAAUUAGAAAUUUCAAUGUAGAUAUGUUUGAAGUAUGGAGCAUUGAAAAAAUAUUAAAUUCACCAGUUAAUUAGAUAAUAUGAUUAAUAGAUCUCAGUAAUAUAAAUGUGAAAAAGAGGAAUCCCUAAACACAUGAAGACGUAGGUCGUGCAUCUGUUCUGGUACGAUAAUGUCUGAGAGCACAAAAUUUGCCAAAAAGAUUGGUAAACCAGCGGGAGAAAAAUUGCUUCCUCUGAUUGAAAUAUAUUGAAAUAUCGGGCUCCAUAGGACUCGGAGAAAUACGAAAAAAAAUGUAAUAGUCUUCUAGCAACUGUUCGCAUGUGGAAUCGAUAUUUGGAUUCGAUUUACUUAUAGAUUAAAGUGAUUUUUCGGAUCUUUUGUGCACAGCCCCAUCCACCAAUGCAAAAUGUGAGAUUUGAGAUAAACACCCCUUCCACGUUUCAAAAUAACAAAUUAGUAAUCGUCCAGUUGCGAUUAGGAAUGAUUAGAAAUUUACGAUGCAUUGCCCCCAUCUUGUGCCAGCUUUGUUGGCAUUGCACGUGGUACAUCUUAGGUUCAAAUCCUGUCAUGUGUUGUGACUUUGUGUAACGUGUCGAGUAUACGACGUUCUGAUUGGCUGCUUUGUAAGUCCAGGUGUGUGUGACGUAUUCAUGUUUAGGCUAAUCACACCAU